AUGCUGGCUCUCCGCGGUGCGUGGGUCGCGCGGGGCUUGCGGGGCUCGCGUGGCCGCUCCUUGACCCUGCUGCACGCGGCCUGCGCGUCUCGCGCGGGAGACUGGCCGCCUUUGGCCUGGCCGGGGCCGCGCGGGCGCGCGCUCAGCCUGUCGGCCGCGGCGGUAGUGGACUCGGCGCCGCGCUCCAUCCAGCCCUACUUGCGCCUCAUGCGGUUGGACAAGCCCAUUGGCACCUGGCUGUUGUACCUGCCAUGCACCUGGAGCAUCAGCCUAGCGGCAGAACCGGGUUGUUUUCCAGACUGGUACAUGCUAUCCCUCUUUGGCACGGGUGCUAUUCUGAUGCGUGGAGCAGGUUGUACUAUAAAUGACAUGUGGGACCGUGACUACGAUAAAAAGGUUAUAAGGACAGCAAAUCGCCCAAUAGCUGCUGGAGACAUUUCUACUCUUCAAUCAUUUGUCUUUCUUGGGGGACAACUGACCUUGGCCCUAGGUGUUCUUCUAUGUCUGAAUUACUACAGUAUAGCUCUGGGAGCAGCAUCCCUCCUCCUUGUCAUCACCUAUCCACUGAUGAAAAGAAUUACAUACUGGCCUCAGCUAGCCUUGGGGUUGACUUUUAACUGGGGAGCAUUACUUGGAUGGUCUGCUAUCAAGGGUUCCUGUGAUCCAUCAGUUUGCUUGCCUCUGUAUUUUUCUGGAAUUAUGUGGACACUAAUAUAUGAUACUAUCUAUGCCCAUCAGGACAAAAGAGAUGAUGCACUCAUUGGUCUCAAGUCGACAGCCCUGAGGUUCGGCGAGAACACCAAGCAGUGGUUGAGUGGCUUCAGUGCGGCCAUGGUGGGAGCACUGGGCCUGGUGGGCGCAAACUGUGACCAGACGGCCCCUUACUAUGCUGCGGUGGCUGCUGUGGGAACUCAUCUCGCCUACCAGAUUUACACCCUAGAUAUCCACAGACCUGAGGACUGUUGGGAUAAAUUUGCCUCCAACCGCACAAUAGGACUAAUACUGUUUUUAGGUAUUGUUUUUGGAAAUUUGUGGAAAGAAAAGAAAACAGAAGAAACCAAGAAAAAUAUUGGUAAUAGGUUAGAAAAUUAG